UUGCGCCUGCUGCGCCCCCCACCCCCUCCUGGCACAGCUCGUCCGCCCUCGCUGCAGCCGGGAGGAGGCGACGGCCCGUGCACCGCAGGCCCCGCCCGCCCACGGCCCUUCCCGGGAGGCCGGGAGACCUGCUCCGCCCGGCCCUCGGUGGGUGAGUGCGAGCGGCGGGUGGGGCCUCCGCGGGCGGAGGCGCCGGGAACGGGGGCGACGCCUGUCAUCGCUCUAGGCCCAGCGGGAGGACGCGCCAACAUCCCCGCUGCUGUGCUGGGCCCGGGGCGUGCCCGCCGCUGCUCCCACCUCUGGGCCCGGCUGAGGCCGCCCUGGGGCCCUCUUCCUCGGCAUUGCGGGGCCUGGUGGGCAGAGCCGCGGAGGGGGCUUCUUUUCCCCGAGGGCAGCGUCUUGGGGCCCGGCCGCUGGCUGACCCGCAGCGGCUCCGGCCAUGCCUGGCUGGCCCUGGGGGCUGCUGCUGACGGCAGGCACGCUCUUCGCCGCCCUGAGCCCUGGGCCGCCGGCGCCCGCCGACCCCUGCCAGGAUGAGGGGGGCGCGCCCCGCAGCUGCGUGCCAGGCCUGGUGAACGCCGCCCUGGGCCGCGAGGUGCUGGCUUCCAGCACGUGCGGGCGGCCGGCCACUCGGGCCUGCGACGCCUCCGACCCGCGACGGGCACAUCCCCCCGCCCUCCUGACUUCCCCAGGGGGCACGGCCAGCCCUCUGUGCUGGCGCUCGGAGUCGCUGCCUCGGGCACCCCUCAACGUGACUCUCACGGUGCCCCUGGGCAAGGCUUUUGAGCUGGUCUUCGUGAGCCUGCGCUUCUGCUCAGCUCCCCCAGCCUCCGUGGCCCUGCUCAAGUCUCAGGACCAUGGCCGCAGCUGGGCCCCGCUGGGCUUCUUCUCCUCCCACUGUGACCUGGACUAUGGCCGUCUGCCGGCCCCUGCCGACGGCCCAGCUGGCCCAGGGCCUGAGGCCCUGUGCUUCCCCGCACCCCAAGCCCAGCCUGAUGGCAGCGGCCUUCUGGCCUUCAGCAUGCAGGACAGCAGCCCCCCAGGCCUGGACCUGGACAGCAGCCCAGUGCUCCAAGACUGGGUGACCGCCACCGACGUCCGUGUAGUGCUCACAAGGCCUAGCGCGGCGGGUGACCCCAGGGACACGGAGGCCGUCGUCCCUUACUCCUACGCAGCCACCGACCUCCAGGUGGGCGGGCGCUGCAAGUGCAAUGGACAUGCCUCACGGUGCCUGCUGGACACACGGGGCCACCCGAUCUGCGACUGUCGGCACGGCACCGAGGGCCCUGACUGCGGACGCUGCAAGCCCUUCUACUGCGACAGGCCAUGGCAGCGGGCCACUGCCCGGGAAUCCCACGCCUGCCUCGCUUGCUCCUGCAACGGCCAUGCCCGCCGCUGCCGCUUCAACAUGGAGCUGUACCGACUGUCCGGCCGCCGCAGCGGGGGUGUCUGUCUCAACUGCCGGCACAACACCGCCGGCCGCCACUGCCACUACUGCCGGGAGGGCUUCUAUCGAGACCCUGGCCGUGCCCUGAGUGACCGUCGGGCUUGCAGGGCCUGCGACUGUCACCCCGUUGGUGCUGCUGGCAAGACCUGCAACCAGACCACAGGCCAGUGUCCCUGCAAGGAUGGUGUCACUGGCCUCACCUGCAACCGAUGCGCACCUGGCUUCCAGCAAAGCCGCUCCCCAGUGGCGCCCUGUGUUAAGACCCCUAUCCCUGGACCCACUGAGGACAGCAGCCCUGUGCAGCCCCAGGACUGUGACUCGCACUGCAAACCUGCCCGUGGCAGCUACCGCAUCAGCCUAAAGAAGUUCUGCAAGAAGGACUAUGCGGUGCAGGUGGCGGUGGGCGCGCGCGGCGAGGCGCGCGGCGCGUGGACACGCUUCCCGGUGGCGGUGCUCGCCGUGUUCCGGAGCGGAGAGGAGCGCGCGCGGCGCGGGAGUAGCGCGCUGUGGGUGCCCGCCGGGGAUGCGGCCUGCGGCUGCCCGCGCCUGCUCCCCGGCCGCCGCUACCUCCUGCUGGGGGGCGGGCCUGGAGCCGCGGCGGGGGGCCGGGGGCCUGGGCUCAUCGCCGCCCGCGGAAGCCUCGUGCUGCCCUGGAGGGACGCGUGGACGCGGCGCCUGCGGAGGCUGCAGCGACGCGAGCGGCGGGGACGCUGCAACUCCGCCUGAGCCCGCCGGCUGGGCGGGGCGGGCGCUGCUCCCACAUC